AUUUUUUUUUAGACAGUAGUAUUAAAAAAAGCAAGUGUUUUUGGAAGCGACAACGAUAUUGUUAAUCAUAAAAUAGAUGAAUUGAAAAGACGCCAGUAUCAAAGUUAUGUGUACAUGACAUUAGUCGCUUAAAUAACCUAUAAACAAUAUUCACUCAAAACAUGAUAUUUAAACAAAUUUGAAAGACAUAACAACAAUAAUAUUUAGAUUACAUGACCAACUGCGAACUUAAAAAGAUUUAUAGUUCUAUUUUAUGCGUAUACAACGUUUGAAAACAUAUAUCUUUAUAUUAUUUGGUAUUCCAAGCAGUAGCAGAUGACAACUAAAAAAAAAUGAAAGAUAUUAGCUCAGGCUAUUCUUUUGCGUUCAAGCUUAUGAGAGUGUUACAAGAGUUUAAAUCAACGGUUGAUUAUAUAAAAGAGAAACGGACUACGUUUAUAGCUAGUGGACUUGUUCUGGUUGCAUCCAUAAUAUUUUUAGCAUUAUGUAUUUUUAUCAUUGAAAUCAUUAGAACAUUUUCAAGAAUAAGAAAGUUUAAACGUAAAAGCUGCAUGAAACAAGCUUCGAACGAUUUAAAUGUGUCACAGUUAGUUCCUACAACUAGCCAUAUAAAAGAGGCAGGUUUAGAUACUUACAAUGUUUUAAAACCCGCUUCUACAUGUAAUAAUACUAACAACCCGCUUGUAAGUGAAAGUGAAGAAAUAGAAAAUUGUGCUAAUUGUUCAUUGAUGAAUAGCAUGCACGAAACACCAAGGCUUCAAAACGAUGAAGCUAAGAAAAAAAUACUGGUAUGCUUUCAUGAAAAAGCUAAUUUGAAAGGUAAUAGAACUCAGAUAAAUGUAAUCUCAGAUUCAGGAAUUCAAGGACAUAUCCAACGCGAAGAAAAUUGCCGUUUAAAUUCACAAAACCAAAAUCAUUCCACAGACUCGAUAGAUUAUGCAGAAGAAACUUAUCAUGAAGAAUCUGCAUUUCGUUCAAGAAACUUAAGUAUUAAUAAUAAUAAUUGUUAUAAUCAUGAGUCAUUUCCUGAUGACUGGAGUACUUUCCACUUUCAGUAUUUAAACAACAAUUAUCCUUUAGAUAAAAAUAAUACGCUAAAUUCAAGAAACUUUUCUAUAAGCCGUUCGGAAUCAGCAGCCAACGAAACUUAUUAUAGUGACGAAAUAUCUGUAAAUUCAACAUUUGAUGAAAAAAUAAGAUACACUCGUAAACUUGGAAGACGCGGAGAUGGGUUUUCUUACAUAGUUUGUAAUGCAUAACCUACUGACAGCUGCAUUAGAAUUAUAGAAAUAUUUAUUUUUCAACAACAGUUUAAUACAAAAUAUUUUAUUAGAUUUUAAUAAAAAAAAAAAAUCAGUUAGUCGAUUGAUAAAUUUUCUUACAAAUAUAAGGUUACUAAUAGCAACAAAGCGUAUUUGUUCAUAUAAAAUAACCACUGAUUGUUUUGUUUAAAUUAUCAGAAUUGAAUGAAGAAAUAUAUGGAUAUCUUUUAACUUCAACAAUAUUGAGUCUUACAAUAGAUAAACUCUUUUUAAAACUUGCUUUAUUAACUAUGACGAAUAAACGUUUUUACGUCACUGUCAUUUUAAUUAGCUAUUUUUAGCAUACAAAUUAUUUUUUUAUGUACGCGCAGCCUAAUUAGUAAAACUGUUUAGUUGAAAACGGCUACCAUUAUUCCCCUCAAAGAUUAUUAUGCUUAUUAUAAAUAUCAUAAAUAAUCGUAUUAAAAAUAACAUAAAAAUGUAAACAUAAAGUAAAAUCAGUUUUUGAAACUAUACAAACAUUGUUCAUUGU